UACAAACAAAAUGGCAGCCCCCUGUUCACCUCUUUUUUUAUUUUAAAUAUUAUAUUGUUUUGACUUUAAAUACAAAAUGUCAGGCAUAGAGACUUGGGUAAACGAUAAGUUGCACGAUAUACUAGGCAUAUCGGAUAGAUUUAUUGCACAAUAUUUGAUUGGAUUGGCUCAGAAAGCCAAAUCUGACGAUGAAUACAUUGAAAAAUUGAAGGAUACAGGUACCAUCGAUAUUAACGAUAAAGUGGAAAAGUUUUCAAGAGAACUUUGGAACAAGGUACCUCACACUGUUGUAAAAGAGAGUGCAUCCAAGGUCCAUGCAAGAUCUGUUCUGGAAGCACAAAAGAAGAACGAUAGCUACCAGUUACUGUCUGAUGAUGAUGAUGAUGAUGACAUGAACGAUUACAGUGCAGACAGAGACAGAUUUUCAAAGCCAAAAAACACUGUGUUGGAAAAGAAAUCUAGACAGCUUCGAAAAAGACAGGAAGAGGACAACUCUGAAAGUGAAGAAGAGACGGUCAUCAAAUCCAGGAAAAGAAGGCAGCAAGAUAACAAUGACCGCGAUGAUGAUGAUGAUGAUGAUGAUGAUGACUCUGAAGAUGAGUUUGAAAAGGAUGAUCGUGAGAGACAGAAGGAUCUGGAGGAGAGAGAUGCUUUCGCUGAUCGACUGAAGGAGAAAGAUAAGGGGAAGACGAGAAAUGUUGUCUCCAAGUCAGAGAGAAAGGCCCAGGAAGAGGCUCAGAAGCGUCUGAAGCUUGAGGAGUCAGAGAACCGAGGGAAGAUCAUCCCCGAGCUGAGGAAGAAGUCCCGGAGGGAGUACCUGAAGAAACGACAGGUGGACAAGCUGCAGGAGCUCGAGGAAGACAUACAGGACGAGAUGUACCUGUUUGGAGACCAGAACCUGACGGCUCGGGAGCGCCGGGACCUGGAGUACAAGAAGACCGUUCUGAAACUGGCCAAGGAGCACAGGUCUGCAGGGGACGUCGAGAAGGUGAACAGGUACUUCAUACCCAAGGAGGAUGACAAACCUCAGGACAAGUACUUUGAGGAAGAGGGGGCCAAAGGCCCUAAUUCAGAGCAGCAGAAAUGGGAAGAGCUGCAUGUGGGAGCAGCAUUGAUGUCUUUUGGGGCAAAAGAUUCCAAAGAGAAAGCCAAAGAGAAAAACAAAGUGAAGGAGUAUGAUGUGAUAAUGGAUGAGGAGAUAGAGUUUGUUCAAGCCCUACAGAUGCCUGGGACCAUAACAGACAAGGCUAAGGAGGAGGUGGAGUUGUCUGAGAAACAGAAGAAGAAGUUGUCUAUCAAGGAGACGCAGCGCUCCCUGCCCAUCUACCCCUUCAAAGGGGGCCUACUGGAGGCCAUAGAACAGUUUCAGGUGUUGAUCAUAGAAGGCGAGACGGGAUCCGGGAAAACAACUCAGAUACCACAGUACCUUUAUAAGGCAGGUUUCUGCAAGGACGGUAUGAAGGUUGGCUGUACCCAGCCCAGACGUGUGGCCGCCAUGUCAGUAGCAGCCAGAGUGGCCGAAGAGAUGGGGUUCAAACUGGGAAAUGAGGUUGGGUACAGUAUACGGUUUGAGGACUGCACGUCUGAGAGAACGGUAAUCAAGUACAUGACAGAUGGCAUGCUGCUCCGAGAGUUUCUCACUGAACCAGACUUGAAAACAUACAGUGUCCUGAUCAUUGAUGAGGCCCAUGAGCGCACACUGCACACAGACGUAUUGUUCGGUCUUGUGAAAGACAUUGCACGGUUCCGGCCGGAUCUGAAGCUGCUUAUCUCCAGUGCCACUCUUGAUGCUGAGAAAUUCUCGCAGUUCUUUGAUGAUGCUCCAGUUUUCAGAAUCCCUGGUAGGAGAUUUCCAGUGGAUAUUUACUAUACCAAGGCCCCGGAAGCAGACUACAUAGAUGCGGCGGUGGUGUCGGUGCUGCAGAUCCACUGCACACAGCCAGAGGGGGAUGUCCUGGUGUUCCUGACAGGUCAAGAGGAGAUUGAGACGGCCAGUGAAAUGUUGAUGGAAAGAACCAGAAAGCUAGGUUCAAAAAUCAAGGAGCUCAUAAUUGCACCGAUCUACGCCAAUCUUCCCAGUGACCUCCAGUCUAAGAUCUUCGACCCAACCCCCCCUGGCGCACGCAAGGUGGUCCUUGCAACCAAUAUUGCGGAGACUUCCUUGACGAUUGAUGGUAUCAAAUACGUGAUAGACCCUGGCUUCUGUAAGCAGAACAGCUAUAACGCCCGGACUGGCAUGGAGUCUCUUGUUGUUACACCAGUUUCAAAAGCAUCAGCCAAUCAGAGAGCAGGAAGAGCUGGUCGCGUCUCUGCAGGAAAAUGUUUCCGUCUCUACACAGCUUGGGCCUACAAGAAUGAACUCGAGGACAACACUGUGCCAGAAAUACAGAGGACCAACCUCGGCAACGUCGUGCUUCUACUGAAGAGCUUAGGAAUAAACGAUCUCAUUCACUUUGACUUUAUGGACCCACCCCCACACGAGACCCUAGUGCUAGCUCUGGAGCAGUUGUAUGCUCUUGGGGCGCUGAACCACAAGGGGGAGUUAACCAAGUUAGGACGGAGGAUGGCAGAGUUUCCAGUGGACCCAAUGCUGUCUAAAAUGAUCCUUGCUUCGGAAAGGUACAAAUGCUCCAAGGAGAUCCUCACAAUCACAGCUAUGCUGUCCGUGAACAAUGCAGUUUUCUAUCGGCCCAAGGACAAAGUGGUUCAUGCAGACACGGCGCGUCAGAACUUCUUCCUGCCUGGGGGAGACCACAUCACGCUAAUGAACGUCUACAACCAGUGGGAGGAGACGGCCCAUUCUACGCAGUGGUGCUUUGAGAAUUUUAUACAGUACAGAUCUAUGAAGAGAGCCAGAGAUGUUCGUGACCAGCUGGAGGGUCUGAUGGAGAGAGUGGAGAUAGAAGUGACCUCUAACCCCCUGGACACUGUCAGCAUACGUAAGGCAAUCACUGCAGGGUUUUUCUACCACACUGCCAAGCUGGACAAGGGAGGCAACUAUCGAACUGUUAAGCACAACCAGACCGUCAUGGUUCACCCCAACAGCUCCAUGUUCGAGGACCGACCCAAGUGGAUUAUAUACCAUGAGCUCGUAUUCACCACUAAAGAAUUCAUGAGACAGGUGAUAGAAAUUGAGAACGGCUGGCUGUUGGAGGUUGCACCGCACUAUUACAAGGCUAAAGAGUUGGAGGACGGAUCAGGACGCAAGAUGCCUAAAAACACUGGGAAGACUCGAGCCGACGUUACACGAACCUACUGAUAGCGAGGACAAGAAUCAUGUGGAAAAGACGCUUCAAAGCCAGCCAUAGGUGGAACUUCUAAAAGCUGGUCACCAUUCCAUUAUGCCCAUGAUUUUACAAGGCUCAUGGAUCACUGUAAAAUCUGCAAAAUGUUAUGGCAUAUGGUGGCAUAUUUGAGCAUUUGGCUAAGAACGGUGUGAUUGUUUAGAAGUUUUUUCUUUGAAUUGGUGUUUGAAAUACCUAGUAAAAGCAUACCUAGAAAGAGUAGGAUUCAUCUCAGAGGUACAUAACAGAAAGCAUGAAAAGACAUUCUGCUUGUAUGCAGAAAAGUGUGGAAAAACAGGAACCAUGGUUUUGGUUGAUAUUGUACACAUUUACAGUGGAAGGUACGGCUUAUGCAGAACAGUAUAACUGCAUAGCCUUAGUAAUAUGGAGGUCCAUGAAGGCCCAUUGAACACAACUAUGUCAUGGUCACAUUGAUUUUGUUGGAUAAUGAUCAUAUUUACAAUCAUUCACAUAAUUUCUGUAAUAUAUUUUUUAUGCUCCCCCAACAAAUUUUUAGGGGGGAGCAUAUAGUCGCCGCUUCGUCCGUCCGUGCGUUUGUCCGUGCGUGCACAGUUUUUGUCCGGGCUAUUUCUCAGCAAUUAAUGACCGGAAUUCAAUUAAACUUUAUGGGAAGCUUCACUACCAAGAGGAGAUGUGCAUAUUAUCAGCCGGUUCUGGUCGGAUGAUUUUUCAAAGAGUUAUGGCCCUUUGAAAUUUUCCAUUCACUGUUCAUAUAGUGCAAUUCUUGUCCGGGCUAUUUCUCAGCAAAUAAUGACCAGAAUGCAAUGAAACUUUAUGGGAAGCUUCACUACCAAGAGGACAUGUGCAUAUUAUCAGCGGGUUCUAGUCAGAUGAUUUUUCACAGAGUUAUGGCCCUUUGAAAUUUUUAAGUUGCUAAACCAUCCAUCGUAUUAUUUUGUCCAAAGUUAUGCCCCUGAAGACGUUUCCUUUUAUCUGAAUAUAUAGUGCAAUAUUGUGAAGAAAAAAAAACUUUGGGGAGCAUCACCCGUCUCCGACGGUUUCUUGUCUAAUUUAUGAAAGUGAAAUGGUCAUGGUUAUUUAAAUGCAGAUAUUUUUUAACUUUAAAGCUAAUUGAACAAGGGCCACCAUGGAUUAAAUGGAUGUGGGCCAGAAUUGGUAAACAUGAACCGCAGAAAUGAAAUCCAUUAUGGCCAGAAAUAGUGGAAUUCUUGACCAUCAGUGAAAGUGAUAAAUGUUGCGCAUUGUGAGAAUGUUUACAUAUAUGAAAUGUUUAAAAAAAAAUAAUUAUUCUUUACUUUAUUUGUUUCCCAUUUAAAGGGACUUUGUGUUUAGUGCUUUUGUUAUGGCCGGAUGAGCCUGAAGGAGAUUCGUCAUAUUACCAGUGUACUCACUCUGGAUGGGUUAUUGUUGGGUAGAAAUCAGGAUGAAAACUUUCAACCAAUCUGUUACCAUUCCAUGCCUUAAAAUGACCUUUCAUCCAAGUAAUUCAUUCAUUACUCACUUUUAUACUCAGUGUUGAAAUCAAAAUGCUGGGAUCAUCAAGACAGUUCUUGCAAAGUUUAGUGCAAGUAAUUGGUCAAAUAACAGAAGAACUGGGAAAUUGUUUUUGUAAUUUUAAUGAAUAACACAUUUGAUCAUAAUUUACACAUACAUGUUAUAAGUGUAAAAAUGUGUGAACAAUUUCAAUCCAUACCAUCUCAUUCAUUAUAUGAUAAAAUGACAAAUUGGUUGUAAAACACAGAAUCUUCAGAGCUCAAGUUCAUAAUCCAUGUAAGUUUUGCCUCAUCAUCUGUAUAUAUUCCAUUCUUAUAAGGUCUUCUGAGCCAAAACAAUAUCCCUCCACCUAUGGCGGGGGAUAAUAAAAUCUAUGGAAAUCCUUUCCACCACAGUACUGAUUCUUGACUAACUUCUUGUUUCCACAUCAUGAUAUAAGAAUAUAUAUGGGUGUCCACCAUGGAGUGGAUAUGGAAA